AGCCACACGGUAUCUAAUGUUGUAGGUCACAAUGAUUCUUCCAUUUGAAGUUCCAAUAACGUGACAGAAAUGGCCUUCACAUACUUUCCUGACGGCUAUAACAGCAUAUUCUGCAGCCCUAGCCAUUCCAUCAGACUUUGAAUGCACAUAAGCUUUUUGUUUUUUUUUUUUUCCAAGGAAGUAUAAACAGACCACCCAUCCCACGGCCUUUGAAAUCCUUCUCUUCUCACAGGUUCACUGAUUUAAUUCAAUGAUGGAGGUUGAUGAGGAGUAUAUUCAAGCAUCAGAAGAAAGCUUCAUCAGCUGCUCAGAGCCACCUCAAAAUCCAAGGAAGAAAAACAAAGUGGUGAACAAGAGGAGGUUUAGUGAUGAACAAAUCAGAUCAUUGGAGUGCAUAUUUGAGUCAGAGUCCAAGUUAGAACCAAGGAAGAAGAUCCAGGUAGCAAGAGAUCUGGGGCUGCAGCCUCGCCAAGUUGCCAUAUGGUUCCAGAACAGAAGAGCGAGAGGGAAAUCCAAAUGGAUAGAGCAAGAGUACAGGAAGCUCAGAGAUGACUAUGACAAUUUAGUGUCCAGGUUUGAGUCCCUUCAGAAAGAGAAGGAGUCCUUGCAAGUGGAGUUGCAGAAUCUGCAUGAUCUAAUGGAGGCAUCUCACAAUGGUGAAGAGAAAAAGAGCUCAGAUUGGAGGAGUGAAGUGAAGCCAAGUUCCUCUUAUGAGGGUUUGGAGGUCAAAGAAGGCACGCAUUUACAAGAUCAAAGUGAAAUGAGCAAGAAGAAUGGAUAUUCUGAUGAUACAGAAUACCAACUUCUGAGAAUGGACGAGCUUGAAAAAUGGUACAGUGGAGAUCCAAGUGGCCUCUUAGAUCAACCUUGUAGUUCACAAUGGUUGGAUUUCUGGACUUGAAAAGUGCGUGCACUCACACUGCACUGCAUUUUGCAUGUUUCCUCCAAGAAGGAACAGGGCUGUUUAUCUCCUCUCAGGCCACCAUGAGAAAGCAUUCCAGCCCAGGCAGGAUGUAGAAAAGGCUUGGCCUAGAAGAGCAAAGGCGAGAAUUUGCAGGUUCUGGCGAUGAUAUAUUGCAGAAUGAAGAUAGUUUCACUCUAACGAUUUGAGACUUAGAAGAACAAAAAAAGAAUGUGCCAUGUCUGUGUUUGUUCAGGCUUGCAAGCCAUUCUAAUCCAUGCAGUGCGGUCCUUUUUCUUUCCUUUUUUGCUUUUUGCCCCUCUGAUUCAGAAGGUGACCAGUCCUGAAACCUUUAAUCUUACCCCAAUCCUGUCUUGUUAUACGAGCUAUGCAACUGGCGUGUCUAAUCUUUCAGGUCAUGACUAGUACACUUCAAGUAUGGGGCAUAUGUUUGGUGAUGAGCGAGUUAAUAAUAGAGCAGUGUAUCAGUUAAUUUAGUUGCUU